AUGGCGCUGAAGGUGGGAUUGUGUCUUCUGUGUGUGUUCUUCGUUCCGGUGUUGUGUGAUGAGGAUUGUUUUAAACGUAGUGAAACGUUCCUGUCCAAACUUAGCAUGGAGAUCGCAGUUAUGGAGAAAGGGAUCGAAGAACUUUCUACCUUCACCAAAGAUGUUGUGUGGAAUACGAUGCAAAUGGAGAUGCGACUCCGUCAGUUAAAUAUGGAGAUGGAAGCUUUUCGGCAGUCCUCAAUGUCAGCAAUAACAUCUGGCAAUAUGCCAGAAUCAACUGCAGCUCAAACAACAGCUUCUGUUUCGUCGAUGUCACAAGGCUCAGCUGGAGUAGGUUCGGCUGCUGGGUUAUCUUCUAACGCUUCCAUGGCAACAAGCACAUGUAAUCUGCAGCAAUUGCUUCUGGAUCAGUUUAAGGGGAACGUGUUGAUAGAGAUCAAAUCCCCUCCUGCUGAGUCUGGACCAGUGGAAGAGACGACGCCGAUCGUUCCCGAAAAGAAUACCAUAUUAGGUGUACUAGACUCAUGCUCAGAGGCAUCUAAAACCGGCCUGUAUGAGAUGCGGAUGCCUGGAAACGGGUCAAUGAAAGUAUUGUGCGAUGCAGAGUUCGACAAGGGAGGCUGGGUUGUGAUACAGCAUCGUUUCAACGGAUCCGAAGAGUUCUAUCGCAACUGGACCGAUUAUGUGGCCGGCUUUGGCGACCUAAAUGGCGAGUUUUGGUUGGGAAAUGAGAAAAUUUAUAAGCUAACUUCCUCAGAACCUCUUGAAAUAGCUUUCGUAAUGGAGGAUUUUGAUGGCAACGUGGGAAUCGCACGUUAUAACGCGUUUAAGCUAGGCGACUAUGCCGAAAAGUACACCCUGAAAAGUUUGGGCACAUUUAGUGGAAACGCGGGAGACUCGUUGUCGCGUAAUGUAGGAACCAUGUUUAGUACGUACGAUAUGGAUAACGACAAGUACUCGGCCAGCUGUGCAGAGCUGUACCGUGGUGGAUGGUGGUACGACGCUUGCCAUCUAUCAAAUCUGAACGGAAAGUACAUGAAGGGCACUACAACUGUUUAUGCCGUAUCUAUGUGCUGGAAUUCGUUCAAAGGAUUUUAUUACUCACUUAAAACAUCACGCAUUAUGGUACGCUUUUAA